UAUAUGUGUGUGUGUGUGUAUGUGGGUGUGUGUGUGCACAUGUCUGAAUUGUCACAGUGAACCAGUGUACGCUCAGAGUUAUUUUCAAACGCGCCCCGAAAGCACAAGCAACUGAAAAACCACCGUGCCCCUCCCUGCCCUCAUGUAGCAGAACCAUGGAGUUAGGCAUUGUAUUGGAACAGAAUGAGCACUCACUUCAUCCAGUGAUCCAUCUAUUUUCUAAUCCGCUCAUACUCAUGAGGGUCUUGGGCAUGUUGAAGCCUUUCCGAGCUGCCUUCGGGCAGUAGGCAGUGGACACCCUGAACUGGUUGCCAGCCAAUUGCAGGGCACACAGAGAGUAACAAACAUUUGUGCUCACAAUCACACCUUGGGACAAUUUUGAGUAUUCCAUUAACCUGCCAUACAUGUUUUUGGAAUGUGGAAGGAAACCAGAGAACGCAGAGAAAACCCACACAGGCACGGGGAAGAACGUGCAAACUCCACACAGGAAGACCGGAGUCGGAAUCGAUCCUUGCACCACUGUGAGGCGGACAUGCUAACCAGUCGAGCAUACCGUACUUACUUGUAAACCUGAAAAAAAAAAAAAAAACAUUUUAAAACUUAUAAACUUAAAUAAAGAUAUGAAUUAAAACAUUUCAGACGGGCUGAAGGGGGUCAAGCCAGAUUUUUGGUGUCGCGCUGUGCAUGGUUCCAUGGUGUCAUUAGAAUUUCCAGACAUGAUAUUUACAUCCUAAUAAAUGGAAUCCUCACUUUUCAAAGACAUUCUUCAGAUAUCGCAAUAAAAAAAUGUGAGAAAGUAUACAUUUGACGUUGACAUUUGAUCCGGUCAGCGACGUACCCACAUUGGAAUUAUUGCCAUAGGUUUAUAAUACAAUUUUAUCAGCAAAGCGGAGCAGGUUUGUAAAUGACUGUGGUUGAAUAUUGUACAGCUAAUAAGUGGGGUUAUUGGAAAACAAGGGCUAAACAAGUUCCUAACAGAGCCUAAUGCUACAUUGACAAUGGAUGCAUCAUGGGUCAUGAUACAAAAUUUCAGUAAUUAAUAAAAACAAUAGCAAUAGUGUAUUUCAUGCCUUUUGAAAACAGUGCAGUAAUGUAUGCUGAAUAAGCCGUUGUGAACACCAUUUCAGAACUGCCAGAUGCACGCUGCACAGACAAAGGCCCGCCCACUGCACUAUCCCACCACAGAAGCCCCCUCUGCCACUCUUCAGUUUCAAUAUUUCACCAUCACUUAAGCAUCUAAUGGACCCCCGCACCAUCAAAGCAGGAAUCCUGGUUAAAUGAGGUGUUUUUUCCUCAUCCUCAUCUGGGUAUACCUUCAUUGACGUGGAAAAGCUAUAUGCACAGGCUACAGGAACCCAUAGCCAUGUCAUCCCAACUGUCGCACAGCAGAGAUCAUCCACGCAUCAGGAAGUCGCCUUCUGACUCUUCUUCGUCAUCUUCGUCGUCCCCAGCCAACGAGAGCUUGCGGUCUUUUCUCUUUUUCAGACUAAAUUCAUCUGGCUUAUCGGACACCUCCAACAACACAAAGAAAAACCAUGCCGAGUCAUACUUCACGCGACGGGAGAACAGAUUGUCAGCAAGAAAAAAGUAUGAAGAGGAGAUAGCGUGUAAUGAUUACAAAAAGAUGUAUGAAAAAGCACUGGCUACUAAUCAGAGGCUCAAGUCUAGACUGGAAACCAGUAAACAGGAAUUGGUUGUGAUCCAAGAGCAGCUGCAGAGAGCUCAGCAUAAGGAGAGAAAGAGCGAACUGGGUUCCAAUAUGCUUGAAACAGAGAAAAAGGACAGUCAGAGUCUGAGGAAGAAGAUAUCUGAUAUGGAAGAACAAGUGAAGGUCAAAGCAGAACUUCACACAGAAAACCAAAGACUGAAGGAUGAAAACGGAGCAUUGAUCCGCGUCAUCACCAAAUUAUCCAAGUGAUUUAAUCCAACAUGAACGCAGGAGGGAUUAUGUGAUUUUCGCUACCUGUUUUGUCUCAUGAAAACAACACAAACAGGUGAUCCCUCUGAUUCCUGUUUUUUUUUUGUGUGUGUGUGUCACCGACGCAUGCAAAGACAGGGCCUACAUGGCAUUAUUCAUCAUCAUUCCAGAACAUAAACUCCCAUACAAAUUCUAAACCUUAUAGCCUAGUUUAUCACCAUGGAAACAGUGAUCUAUGUAACGCAUGUGAAAUAAAUAUCACAGUGACAGUUUAGCUCGAAGUGUGAUAUCACAAUCUCCCCCUGAAUAUGAGGCAAGAGUCCAACUUUUAUUUCAUGGUACAGUAUUAACAUCUAGAUGUGUUAAACAGCUCAGGAUAGAGAGUCCCUUUUGUUUUCAGCCACCCACUUCUUAAGUAAGCAAAAGUACUGGAACAUGUGACUGAUGUGCAAGUGUUGCCUUUUAGAGUGAUUGCUUGAAUACUAGAUAGCGCUUGUUUUUGGCUUUAGGCUUCAAAUGUUUAAACUGCAUUUGCUGUUAAGUAAAUACGAAGACCAGAGAGAUGUUGAUGGGAGGAAAGUCAACCAUUUUGAAAAGCUGAUCGAAGAGGG